AUGACCCUUCCACCUGGCAGCUUCUCUACCGAACUCCGACCAACCGUCUCUCGUGUUGACAAUGGCCGCAUCGACUUCUCUACCUUUGACACCGAUCAAUCUGCUUCCACCGUGACCACCGAACAACGUCUUGCAGACUACCGCGACAAGAUCGAGAAAGAGACCAAGAUAAAGAUUGGUAGCGAGAACCUGCUUGAGGCUCUCAAUGCAAAGAAUGCGAAACAAAGUCGUGACCAGCGCCGUCUGGUCGAGUCGGAGCUCAACACAUCAAAUCGCAAGAUCGCUCAACUGAAACUUGGUCUUGAGGCCGAACUACAGCGUGUAAAGGAAUCCACCGUGAGCCCGGCCAAUCGUCUCUCCCNNUUCACGAUACCACAGAGAUCUCCUUCUAACCUUACUUUGCUCCAAAAUGCCGAGCCUGAUGAUCUGGAUCCGGAAUCAGAGUCGCCGACAUACAUUCUUGCAGAGAUUCUACAGGCCCUCGAGACUGAGGACAUGAAGCCCGAUUACUACGUGAGCCAUGCAAACGAAUUAGUGGGCCUGUUCAAGCGUCAUCCUGCUUUGAAAUAUGAUCUGGCAUGGUCCAUAUUUGGCCUUCGUAUGCAGAUGAUGCUCCUCAGCGACAGUCGUGAAGUAAUUGCUGCAGGCUACCGCGUCUUACGGCAUGCUAUAACCGAUCGCAAAUCACUACAGACCAUCCGGGCGCAUCAUACAGACUUUCUUGUCAUCUUAUCGUUGGUCAAGGAAGCAAAGGCCAUGGUGGAGAGAGAACAAGCCUUGAAGCUUGUUCGCGCCUUCCUCGAUGUCAAAGAUGGUGUUCACGAGAUUGCUCCGUCGGUCGUCCGAAUCAUCGUUGCUAUUGCCGAACAUCCAGAGGAUCGCCUUCGCGCUAUAUCCGUCAUGACCCUCGCAGAAUUGCUCAUACGUAGUCCUGAGCUCGUUAUCGCCGCUGGCGGUAUUGGCACACUUUCUGAUGCUAUGGGCAACGGUGCUUACCAGGCUCCAGAAACACUGGCCGCCGUUUUUCUACAUCUGUUGGAUUUGCCUGCGCGCAGGGGUCUCUUGCGUUCCGGUUUCGAGCUUAGUCUCCCAUUCGCAGCUUUUACCGAACCUCCAACCUCGAGCGCUCACGAAGACCGCAUGAAAUCAAGUGCGAAAGUGGUAGCAGCGCUUUUCAAGAGCUGGUCUGGCAUCAUGACAAUCUCCUUGCAUGACUUUUUACCAGCUCGUUCUGUGGUUUCCUCUUUGUUGAUUGAUGCUGUGGCGGUAAGGACGAUCGUACUUGAACUUCUCUUCGACAUUCUUCGCAUUAAACCGCCGUCUUGGUCUUCCUCCUUUCUAGCAGGAAGACGCCUGACCACGUAUGGCCGUGUCACCAAUCUCAAAGCGAAUGAUCAUCACAAACCUUCCAGCAACGAUCCAGAAGAAGCUUCGAAGAGAAUGAGUUUGAUAGAACACUUUUCUGCAGUCGUCUUAACCAUCCUCUUGCGAGUCGGACUGCUACCAGCUUUGAUGCACGCUGAACGUGACGCACCAAAUCUUGCUCUCAAACGAAAGACCACAUUGUUGAUUGGUGAAGUACUAAAACUCGCCAACCAGUUACUGCCUAGUGAAUGGAGUGCUGAGCUUCAGGUAUUACCUGAUUUGUUCCACCAAGCCACAUCCUUUGGUCAAGAUGAACGAUCACAGGCUGUAGCUACGGUAUAUCAAGUGGACAGUGUGAACCGCACCUUGUAUCGGUCUGUAGGUGGAGGACCGGGUGUCAAGUCGACUCGGGCUGACGAAUUCGAGCCUAUCAAGUCCGCAGAGCAACCGAAGGUGCAGAUGAGCGCAAAUAUGGAUGAAGCGCAAUUUAGAGGCCUGCUUAUGGAGUGUCAAGUCUUGAACACAGUCAACUACACCAAAUGGAGAUGGGACCUGAUCCAACCCAUGAUCGAGGGACCACUGACGAAUUCGCGAAGGCUGGACGAGGCGAUGAAAGCGACAAAAUUCGUCCACCGUUUGCUAGGCUUUCUACGACCAUUCAAAUACAGGUUUUCGGACGCCAAAAACACAAAACCAAAUCAGCGCUAUGUCAGAGCUGGCUGUGCGCUUGUCCGUACAUUGCUGUUGACUCCAGAGGGUACCAGAGNNUAUCUAGCCGACAACAAAAUGUUGCGGCAGAUUGCAGAGUGCUUGGCUCAGUUUGACCGCAUGAGUGGCAUUACAUCGACAACCCCUCUGUUCUCCCCAGACAGAUUAGCAGAUACACUCGUAGGUGGGUAUUUUGCCAUCCUAGGUGUCCUUUGCAGCGACCAGAAGGGACUACAGAUGAUGGAACGAUGGAAAAUCAUCAACAUGUUCUAUCACAUUGUUGAGCUCAAAGGAAGAGAUGACCUUAUCAUGGCACUGCUCACUAAUCUUGACUAUACGCUUGACAGUCACCCCAGGAUCAUCCUAUCGAAAGCCAUGAUCUCCGGUUCCAGAGAUGUCCGCAUAGCUGCUACACGAAUACUUCGAAAAUACGCCAUAAGGCCAUUGGACACUAGUCCGAAGUCAAGUGGUAACGGCGAAUGCGCUGCAUGGGCAAUUCGCUUGUUGGUCACUCAACUCUACGAUCCAGAGAUUGAGGUCUGUGAAAUCGCCAUCAAGAUCCUUGAAGAAGCUUGUAACGACAACAACUCGCUUGAAUACGUCGUAAAGUGCCGACCAGCACUAGACCAUCUCGGCGAGAUUGGUGCACCUCUUCUGCUCCGCUUCCUGUCAACUUCAGUCGGAUAUCACUACCUCGAUGGUCUCGACUACAUCACGAAAGAAAUGGACGACUGGUUCCUCGGUCGCAACGAUACUUAUGUGACUCUAGUCGAAGCCUCACUCGCCCGCGCUCUGGCCGAUAUCCCCGAGAAAGCAGUCUCGAUGUUUGAAGAAACACCCGAACCCCAAGACUUUGGCCUUGUGCCUCCGCAUUUCUAUCGCGAACUCACACGAACCGCAGAGGGCUGUGAGUUACUGAAAAACAAAGGCCACUUUGAAGAGUUCGUAACCACGAUUCAAGAUUUUGGCAUGGAGGAAGAAGACGCAGAGACGAUUAUCAAAGUCAAGGGAUGUCUCUGGGCAGUAGGGAAUGUAGGAUCCAUGGAGCUGGGCGCGCCUUUCCUGGAGCAAUCAGAUGUUACACAGCACAUCAUUGAGAUUGCGGAAAAGUCUGAGGUAUUGACGUUGAGAGGGACUGCUUUCUUUGUCCUCGGACUUAUCUCUAGGUCUCUGCAUGGUCAGGAGAUUUUGGCGAGUCAUCACUGGAAUGGCACGGUGAACAUGUUGGGAGAGUCUUUGGGGUACUGUUUACCCCUCGAUUUCACCAAACUCUUCAAUGUCCGCCAAUGGGGUCCCUCAUGCCCGCUGCCCNUCAACCCUCUCCUCACCCCUCCCCAACACCUCCUCUCCCGCCACCAAACCCUCUUCUUCGCCUCUCACACCCCAAAACUCCGAANNAUCCUCAAAGCAGUAACCAAACUCGGCAACACCGUUCUCUCAAACAAAGCAGCCGCCGACCUCAACCUUCUGAAACAGAAAAAAGCACCAGGUCUCAAAAGUCCAGAACUGUUUGUUAGAGUCCUGCAGGUGUUGAGCUCGCAUCGGUAUAAACUUCCGGCGUGUAGGUUUGUGUUGGAUCUUNUUGAGAGGAGUGUUUUGAGGAGGCUUGUUCUUGAGGAAGAUGAGGAUGAGGAAGAUGGGGAUGGAGUGGAUGGACAGAACAGCGCCGAUGAGAAUGAGGGGAAUGGGUUUGAGGGAGCUUUUGGAGGUGGUGUGGGUGGGGUCUGA